AUGGAAUACAAACCCAUCCCUCCCUCCCCAGCCCGCUUCAAGCCCCAAAUUAUCAUCCACGGCGGAGCCGGCAACAUCACCCCCGAAACACUCCCACCAGACCGCUACAGUCAAUAUCGUGAAUCACUCCUCACCAUCAUCGGCAAGACCCAUCACUACAUGUUCACUCCUGAACCCUCCACCAACACCCUCCCCUCCUCCCUCUCCACAGCAACCUAUGCCGUCGCCCUUCUAGAAGACAACCCCCUCUUCAACGCCGGCCACGGCGCCGUCUUUACCCGCGACGGCUACAACGAGCUCGAAGCCUCCAUAAUGGUCUCGCACCCAGGUUCCUACCCCAAACGCGGCGUAGGCGUCACCGGCCUCCGCCACAUACGCAAUCCCAUCCUCCUAGCAAAAGCAAUCCUCCAACACGGAGAAGAUGACCUCCUCGGCCGCCAUUCCCAAUCACCCUCCGCAAACAUGCUCGAUGUCCCCAACGCCCAAGGCCACACCCUCAUCCACGGCCCAGCAGCAGAGCAACUAGCAAAGCAAUACAACCUCGCCAUUGUUCCCCAAUCCUACUUCUACACCCAAACCCGCUGGGACGAGCACACCCGCGCCCUGGAACGCGAAAGACAAAACCCUGGAAAGAGCCUCGCCACCUACAGCAAAGAAGAAUAUCUCCCCCAAGGCACCGUCGGCGCCGUGACCCUAGACGAGCAAGGCAUCCUCACCGUCGCAACCAGCACAGGCGGCCUAACCAACAAGUUGACCGGUCGAAUAGGCGAUACCCCCUCCGUCGGGGCCGGAUUCUGGGCAGAAGAAUGGGCUGAAGAAGGGGACCCUUCUGGUCACGCAGAGUUAAGAUGUCGGCCCGGUCCAGUGGUGGUGAUAUCUGAUGCACUGAAAGGUCUCAUGGCGGAUUGCCUGCCUAGCCCGUUCAGCUACAAUCCUGCGUUCAAGACCCCAAAGGUGGUGACUACGCGGGCGAUGGCGGUUUCGGGGACCGGGAACGGGGAUUCGUUUCUUCGCACUGCUGCUGCGAGGACCGUGGGGGCGAUGGCUCGCUUCGGGGGUGUCUCGUCAAAGGAGGCGGUCUCGAAAGUGGCAGGACCAGGGGGAGAGCUGGAAAAGAGUGCAGGGGAUCGGUGGGGUUCGACGGGUGAGGGCGCAGGGGGCAUCAUUGGUAUCGAGAUCGCGGAGGCUCGAGACGACAACGGGAUGUUGCUCGAUGCUCGCUGUGGCGUCCUUCAGGACUUUAACUGCGGUGGCAUGUUUCGAGCAUGGGUUGAUAGGCGCAGCCACGCGCAUUUCCGAGUGUGGCAGCCAGACGGAUCGACGCCGGCUGGCUAUGAGUCCGAGGAUGUUUCCGGGAUGGAUCUAAGGAGAGCCAGCAAGAGGAGCGAACCUAUAGCAUUUUAG